GAAAUAAUGAGUCAAGAUUUUGAAAAUGUUUUUUCUAAUAUGUUGCACCUUAGAGAUCUGACGAUUAAAUGGCAAUGUGAAAAUUCAACUCUACCAAUGACUUUAGCCAAGUCAUUAGAACAAAUUGGUGGAACCUUGAAAAGUUUAGAACUUUCAUGUCCUUUGGACAGAUAUGAUAUUUUCCUACCAGAUUCAUUGGCUUCAGUAUUUCCUCGACUAAUUGCUUUGGAAUUUUUAUGUAUACGUAAUCUUGGACUGAGUCAACUAUUACUCCAGUCGAUAGGUGAAAUGAAAAAUUUGGUUGAUCUCAGAUUAAUGCUUGCUUGGGAGAAAGAUCAUCCAAUGAUUGAUAAAAAAGUCAAUAUGUAUCCAAUUGGGAAUUUGAAAAAUCUCGAGAAGUUAUUUAUUUCUUGUGAUUAUGGUGUUAGAGAUGAAUUUUUGAUUAAUCUUUGUAAUAAUGCUAAAAAAUUAAGGAUUUUAGACAUAAUUGGCACAAAUAUAACUGAUAUUGGUAUGAGUGCAAUUGAUAAUUUACAAGAAUUAAAAUUUUUCUUUCUUGGUUUAUAUGAUAUCUUUGGUCAGCAAUCAGAAAAAAAUGAAUACAUCACUGAUGAAUCAAUUCAAUGUUUAUCUAAUCAAAAAUUGAUCUCCUUGGAUAUAUCAAAUUGCAUUAAUGUCACUGAUAAAGGGGUAAUUAAACUCGUUCAAAAUUUACCAACUUUGCAUAGUUUAUUCAUUAGAAAUACAAAGGUAACUAGUGAAGGGGUCAGAAAAAUAGAUGAAUUAACAGAACAUCGUGAAGCACCAAUAAGUAUAUAUGAAAAUAUUGAAACUGAUAAUUGA